AAAUGAUACACUGCAAGGUCGCGCUUGUCCAGAUAGAGCAUUAGCUGGUUUCGCAUGAAUAUAUUUGUAUAAAAGUUCUGCGCAAAGUUCAACCACAGGGAUUGGAUUGUGGCUCCACAGGGCUCAAGAAAACAUGAGGAUGUUGGGUGCACUGAUCUUUGCCCUGCUCCUGAGCUCAACUUUUGCGUGGAAUUUUGCUAAACCUGACGAUGAAGAGCAAAAACUGAUGGACGAGUUCCAAGAAUAUAUAAAUACUCCUUUUGAGGAGAGGCCUCAAGAGGAUCAUAAUUCUCGCCAUAAGAGACAGUUGAUGGAGUUGUUGUCAAGCGUCGGAAGCAGUGGUGGCUCUGCGAUUACAAACUUGAUCCCUGGAUUUUCAGAUUACGGACCAGCGUUCAUGUCUUUGCUUAACAACUUCCUCGGUUUCAUGAAAUGCUGCGCUCCUAUAAAUUUGCCUGAUGUCGUUUCCAAGUUAACACUCAAAUGCUCAGAUGAUCUUUCAAACAACUUUUUUGCCACCACUGGUUUCUUGAACAGAACGGAAGCUGAAAAGAAAGAGACUAUCUUCAUGAAAUCUGGCUCUCUUGGCGGCUUUUUCGAGGCUGAACUGUGCACAGUCCGUUGUGUGUUUGGAAGAAUGAAAAUGUUAACGUCGGACGGAUUGCCGUCGCCAACCGCAUUGAAAACGACGAUUCCGAAACUGUUCAAAAAUUUUACCAGCAUGUUCGAACCUUCACUUGCGACUUGUGAAAAGAGCUACACAGACCAGUACAACGCAUGGUUUGAAAGCAAAAGACCAUUGUCAGACUCUGAUCGCUGCUGGGUUUCAUCGGCCUGGGUCCAGUGCAUGUACAGAGAGUUGAUAACAAACUGCCCAGAGGAACAAAUUCAAGCUGGUUCGUUGUGUCUGCAAAAAUUGGGCCCAUUUUUCUGGGGAGAGUUGCCGAAGCAAGUGGGCCGUUUCUUUGCCAUCGUCAAAGCGAUGAUAGAUAUUCUUUAACAAUAAUUUCUCUUCAGUGUAUGCUAAAUGCAAUUAGGAUUUUACGGAUUAAUAUCUUGGCAUGAUUCAAGCUUCUAAUUAUUUUUACCAAGUUAAUAAAAAAAGAAGUGCUUUUGUUCAAAUUCGAUAUCAAAUUUUUAUUAAUCUUGUGUUUUUAAUAAAAAUCAUAA